AGUGAGGCAGCGGGAGAUGGAAGCGAAGCAGCUGUCACUUGGGGAGGUGGAGUACAAGCCCCGUCCGGUGGUCAAGAAAAUUUGGUUUUUUCUUUCUGACCGCGAGAGGAGCGGAAUUCGCGGUUCACCAACGUGGCAAACUAAGGCGGCCUGUCGUGUUUGGAACGACCUAGUGCGACAGGCGUGGCGAGAUAGAAGGUCUUUGAAGCCGCAAGACUGGGCUCACAUUUUGAAAGCAAUAGUGGAAUACGUCUUCGAUGCGGACGAACGCAGUGUGCUCAGUAAUCGAGAUGCGCAUCUGCAAUUGCCACCGGGUGGAGGCGACAAUGACUGCUCUCAGAAUAUACCAAUGUUGAAAAUCGAAAGUGGUAGUGUGGGCAAUGGACAGCCACUACAACUUCAGGGCACAACAUCUUCAUCACGCGAUCUUGCAGCAUGUGACCAGGACAAAGAUUCUACUACGGAGGCUCGGAGGCAUCGGGAAAUAGCUGCGAUUUUUGACGAUUUGUUGGACGCAAAAGGGAGAAGCAAAUUGCUUCCGGCACUACGGCCAAUAAGGCGAGCUGAAGUAGAUAACGGAGUCGCUGUGACGAGGACCUCUGGCAUACGCGAACAAGAAGAAAAGCAAAAAACAUUGGAGCUCGAAGCCAUAGACGGACAGGACAAAUGGCUAGCAUCGGCUGAGCGAUCAGCGACCUCCUUGUACGAGGAAACUUUCGACGAGUUUUUACCACCUGGCUUUUCGAGUGCAGAUUUUACGGCCACCGCAGAGGAGAUCGCUAAUGCUCCGCUCGCAAGUGCUGCGGACGCUGACCUUGUCGGUUCUAGUCGGAGCGGUCGCAAGAAAACAAGGCUUGCUGCAGAGCAGACAACGACGAAUGAAGAUGGGAACGGGAAGGAUGUCAAGAGCAUUGAUGAAAGUCGUCGGAGUAUUGACGAGGGAGAAACUGCAACUGCUGCGGAAAUCAAGCCUGUGGGAGGGCGCCGCUCUUCCCGGUGUAAGACGAGGUUGCAAGCAAAAAGCGCUGUAGUAGAGCCUGUGGAAACUAUUUUUGUGAAAGUAGAUGAGAAAGCUGCAGCGACAACACGGUUCUUACAGUCUUCUUCCGAUGCUGUUGCUAUCGACAGUCCAAAAGAAGAACGAGAAGACACCAAGACGAGAUCAUUGGCGGCACUAUCCGGAUCCGAGGACGCUUCACUGCCGCAGCCGGCUCGCAAGGUACAUGUUGGUUCGCGCUUCAGUUGGCUAGCACUUCCAGAGGUCAGUGGUCCUCCUGUCGACGAAUCAGAUUCAGCUAAUGGUUCCGAAGACACCGGCAUUUCCAGGACUAGUGACACUACAAAUGACGUUGACCACCAUCAGUCGGCUUUCUACGACGAGAGAGCUGGUGAAAAGAAGAACGGGCCCUCGGUGGGACAGAAGAAGUCUCCCGAUGACAGUCAUGAGUCAUCCUCUUCCUCGCUCAAGAAAAAGCCAGCUUCUCUGGAUGAUCUUGUUCACAUGUAUCGCACGUCUAUGAGCACUUGGGAGGUGCCGGGGACGCUACCGGAGUCCCUGCUCCGCGAGGGCGCGCGCACAAUGCGCCAGCGCAGGAUGCAGCGUCGGGCAGAGCGCAUGGCGCUCAGCAAAAACC